UGAGAGUUACACGCGACACAAAAACUCUCGUCAUGUUGUUACAACUAAUUUGGUUGAGUUUUUUCACGACGAUUGGAGCGCACCGUCAGAAGAGGUACCUCGUCUACCCAGACGGAGGGCCCGCCAGAACUCAGUUUAUCAUUGGUUUGGGUGUACCAGUGGAUCUGAAAGAAGCUUCAGUCACCGUGGGCACGGUAAUAAAGUUUCAAUACGAUUUACCAACAAACAGUUCAGAAUAUACAAGCAGAAUUUAUGGUUUUGCCAAUACCGUUUCAAGAGACAUGGACGAGAGUAUGGAUAUUGACGAAAAUAAUACUGAAAUUGGUGAAGCUAAAGACAUUGAUUCAAAUAACGUUUUAGAAGAUGAUUUUGAUAAUGUAAAUAAUACUUUAGUUGAUAUUAAGUUUGAGGAUAGAAGAAAAAGAUCUCUUGUAUAUACUGAAGGUGGAAUAUUCAAUGAUAAUGGGGUAGAAAGCACAGAAUUAAGCCUUGAAGAAGCAAUAAGAAGACAGGAAAUUAUUGAUCAGAACAACUUAGAGGAGCAAGAGCCGCAAAGGAUGAAUAGAUGGGAUUUUUAUAAAAUCCUUGAGCAUAUGGCAGAAAGGUACGGUUAUUCUGGACGACCGUGCUUGCUGCGAACAAUUUGCGAAGCGGCCGAGGUGCCUUUCACUCACGAGAACGGCUUGCUCGCUGAAAUUGGACAUAUAUUAUUCACUCCAUCAACAACUAAAGACGCGCUGUCCCACCACACCGACAACGAGUACCACGCAGCCGAGCGCCUGGGAAGAGAAGCCGGGGGAAACUGCGAGACUCUAUUCCCUGAGUGCGAGGGUUCCAUCCUAGAGACCUUCACUGAGAUAGGAGUCGACACGUUGCAUAAAUUUGGACUGUUUUAA